AUGAUGUUAUUCUCGGGAUGGACUGGUUGUCACUACAGAGUUCAUCUGGAUUGCUACAGAGGCAGAGUAGUCUUCGAGCGAGAUGCAGGGAGGUUGGUUUAUCAGGGAGUGAGACCGACUUCCGGGAGUAUUGUGAUAUCUGCUAUUCAGGCUGAGCAGUUGUUAGUGCGGGGUUGUGAGGCGUAUCUGGCGAAGAUUUCUAUGUCUGAGUCAGGAGCUGGAGUUGUUAUGGGUGAUAUUGAGGUUGUCCAGGAGUUUGAGGAUGUCUUUCAGUCAUUGAAGGGAUUACCACCAUCUCGGUCUGAUCCUUUCACGAUUGAGUUAGAGCCGGGGACAGCCAAUAUCGAAGACGCCUUACAGGAUGGCGCCAGCUGA